GUGGGAGGUGAAGCGGGGAGGGGGUGGGGGGGGCGGCGCCCUGUCUGGAAGCCGCUGCCGCCGCUGCCUCCUCCUCCGCUGCCCAGCCCGCUCGUCGGUCCAUCGGUUUCGCCCUCCAGCCAGCCAGCCUGGGCCGGCCUGGCCAUGGAAUCCUACGACAUCAUCGCUAACCAGCCCGUGGUGAUCGACAAUGGUUCUGGGGCAAUCAAGGCUGGCUUUGCUGGAGAUCAGAUUCCUAAAUACUGUUUUCCAAAUUAUGUUGGUCGUCCAAAGCAUAUACGUGUGAUGGCUGGGGCCCUGGAAGGGGAUCUCUUCAUUGGCCCCAAAGCAGAGGAGCACCGGGGAUUGCUGGCCAUUCGCUACCCUAUGGAGCACGGUGUGGUAAAAGACUGGAAUGAUAUGGAACGAAUCUGGCAGUAUGUCUACUCCAAGGACCAGCUGCAGACCUUUUCUGAGGAGCACCCUGUUCUUCUAACGGAGGCUCCACUCAAUCCAAGUAAGAACCGGGAGAAGGCAGCUGAAGUAUUCUUUGAGACCUUCAAUGUGCCAGCCUUGUUCAUUUCCAUGCAGGCUGUGCUCAGCUUGUAUGCAACAGGAAGAACAACUGGAGUGGUUCUGGAUUCAGGGGAUGGGGUAACACAUGCAGUGCCUAUCUACGAGGGCUUCGCCAUGCCACAUUCCAUCAUGCGGGUAGACAUUGCUGGCCGUGAUGUCUCCCGUUACCUACGGCUGCUUCUGAGAAAGGAAGGAGCUGACUUUCAUACCUCAGCUGAGUUUGAGGUUGUCCGAACUAUCAAAGAGAGAGCCUGCUACUUGUCUAUCAACCCCCAGAAGGAUGAGGCUCUGGAGACAGAGAAGGUGCAGUACACCCUGCCUGAUGGUAGCACACUUGAUGUUGGGCCAGCACGGUUCCGGGCCCCCGAGCUGCUGUUCCAACCCGAUCUGGUGGGGGAUGAGAGCGAAGGUCUCCACGAGGUACUGGCUUUCGCCAUCCACAAGUCAGACAUGGACCUUCGCCGCACACUUUUUGCCAACAUUGUUCUCUCAGGAGGUUCAACACUCUUCAAAGGCUUUGGUGACCGGUUACUGAGUGAAGUGAAGAAACUGGCCCCAAAAGAUGUAAAAAUUAAGAUUUCAGCACCUCAGGAACGGCUGUACUCCACAUGGAUAGGUGGCUCUAUAUUGGCUUCACUGGACACCUUUAAGAAGAUGUGGGUAUCCAAAAAGGAGUAUGAGGAAGAUGGAGCCCGUGCAAUCCAUCGAAAAACCUUCUAGUGCCCAGAGUGGGUGGUGUGUAUGGGAGGGGGUGGAAGGAAAAGAAAGGGGGACUGUUGUGUUUAACCCUUUCUGGUCCAGGCUUAGGGCCCCCCUGCAUGCCCAGCACCCCCCAGGUGGGUGGUGUAGCUAAUUUCCUAUUCCCUUCCUCCCCCAUACCUGUUUCCACUUUUCAGCUGGGUAGAUGGGGUCCUUGAGUUGGAACAUAGGAAUUGGGGAAAGAUUUGGUUUGUUCCGGGUUGCCACCCUUAGCUAGGAUCAAGGUAGCCUGUGAUCACCUACUUGUGGACAGUUGUGGGGGGUGAUUUCCCUUAAAGUCCAUAUAUCCCACCAUCCCCAUUUUCCUUCCCAUUGCAGGGCCCAGCUUAGAACAAGGGUACCUGGAAGACUGCAUGACUAACUUCUAGGGAGGGAAGUGAGAGAGGGCCAAGGCUGUGAGCAGAUGUUUGCUUCCCAUCUGCCUUGGUCAGAUUUAAGCCAUUCACCUAAUCUUUUCAUUGAACCAACAGCAGUGAGAGUCUUGGCUAAGGCAUUUCUGGCUCCUCUCCUUCACCAUUCUCGAUGCCUAGGGCUGGGAUUCCCUAGUGCAGGGUUAAUAGGGAAGCCUUUCAUUCUGGUACUAAGGUGCCCUUGGUCCAGGGUUAAGUCCUUUAGUCUUAGAGCAAGGGGUUAAACAGGGUUAGGAUGGUGGAGGCUCCUUUAUCUCCCCUGAAAAGCACUUAAAUGAACUGCUGCCCCCAUCCUCCUACUUCCCUGCUUACUCUGGAUUGGAAAGGGUUGAUACUUUCCAUUUGCUCAAUGAAAGCCACUUAAUGAGGAGCUAGGGCUGUGCCUGUGGUAGGGCAUUUCCUUCCUCUCCCUUAUUCCCCUUAAACAAGGGGCUCAUGGCCAGGUCCCCAUCUUCCGCAGCCAGCCCUGCCCCCCAGACAUGUACAAUAAUUUAACACAGUUGCCUGUAUUUUUUUUGUAAAUUCAUUAUAGUAAUAAUUAUGAACAAGGUGUGGUGUGUGACUACUUUCUCCUAA